GGAGUCGUUGGUCGAAAGCGUGGCGGAAAGUCUGCGCGAUGUGGCAUUUCCUUCAAGCCGUCACGCUGGGAGAACGGGUUCUGCAAAAUACAUCAAAGUCAAGCACCCCAGUAGAUCAAUGCUUGAAGUGAGGAUCAAGCACAAGAGGGCAAUAGAGGGCAAUAAGGGCGAGGAAGUGGAAAUCAUAGUUGAUGAGUAAGGAUCCGAGAGUAGGAGAUAUCAAACGGCAUGUGGGAAGUGGAAGGAGCCUUGAUUGUUCAAGCAAUCUCCAAGAUUGUCAAGUCUACAUUGACGAAGUUUUACCCCGAAAUGAACCACCCAAUAUUCCGCUGGCAGUGGGUCAAGAGCGCCGCGGCAACAUACGGAGAUCCUGACCAGAUCUGGCAUACCUCCAUCCAAGUCAACGUCUCAGCCAUUGGUGCUGAUCAGGUCCAAGCUAUCAAGGGUAAAGGCAAGGCGCACAUUGAUCGCAACGACAUGCCGUAUGCUCUCUCCCUCAUUUUGUUCCUGAGCCACGCACCGGAGAACUUUUACCACGGUAGAUUCGUCAGUUAUGGUGUCAAAGCAGCUUGCGAAUGCGCUCCAUACGGGUCCUUGCUUCUGAUGUCGAAGCUCCCCCAUGGCUGUACAGGCUACGGUUACUACGAUCCAGAGUUACCCCAACAAAUGCGAUAUAAUUACCCUCCUGGCCUGAUAAUUCCCGUUGUUCCCAAAGAAUAUGGGUUUGGUCGCAUCGUCGCUGUGAGCUACGGACGAAAUACCUGUUACAAGUCAAAUAUUAACAUACCCAAUCCUGACUUGCUUACGGAUGCAGCACUUCCGGUCCUUGGCUCCUAUAGAGCUAUGUACGAAUACAGGAUUCGUUACCAGAUGACCAAACGGGAUAAGGAUGACACCACAACUGCGGAAGAGUGGUCUGAGAAGUUCAGCUGGAUGGAAAACGGUAGAAAGGAAACACCGAAGAUGGAAAUUGCAACUAUUGCCCUGGAAGAAAACCCAGUAUACGAGAAGAUGAUGACGGCUAUGAAGGAGAUGUUCCUGGAUGCAGGAUGUGGUAUGAUGAUGCCUGGAGACGGCCCCAAACCCAAGACGGGUCGUCGUGGAGGAUUACUAGGAGAAGUCAAAAUUAGGUGCCACAGAAUCAACGUCAAUAAGAAGCAAUGUGCCAUACCACUUUAUGUAAGGCGGUGGGGGAAUACGUUCUGCAAGAGACACCAAGGCUAAGUACCUAAGGUUGCUGUUACUGAUGACGGAGAAGUUGUAGAAGGGGUUGGGGAGCAUGCAAGUAUGGCGGAAGGUGUCGAUGGUAUCACGGAAGACGCAAGCGACGAUUUCACUGACGAUGAUGCGGACGGUACUGAUGAUGACUCCGACGACGAGUGCUGGCAAGGAUUAGAGGACGAGAAUGCUGAUUGGGAAAGAGUGUUGAAUGAAGGACUGGUAGAUGAAUCAGAUCAAGUAUCUGGCCACGACGCCAUGGAGGGAACA